AUGGUGGGGCUGCACAUUCUGAUUCAUCAACCCUUCCCAGCUGCAGACCUAAGCACUAGUGGUGCACAUGGGCCUAAAAGAUUUUCUGCUCUCAGAGAAUCAAUAAAGCAGCCUUUACUAAAUGCCUGCCGUGUGCCAAACACUGUGCUAAGCAUUCAUGAUACCAAGACACUCCAGGAAUUCAAUCCUGAGGAAAUUCCCAUAGACUCAGCUGAGUUUAAUCUCAGCUAUUUCCUUUCAUUACCUACCCACCCAUUAUACACACACCUACCUGUGGCCACUUCCCUGUGCCACAAUCAUUCUGUGGAGGGGUCUGAGCAUGGGAGUAGAAAAGGCACGGUACCAGCAGAGGUCACAUCUGAACAAGGGACCCAGGGGAAGGGGAGCUUGCGAGGAGCCAUGAAGGGGCUGAGUGACAAUCUGAGGAGCACUCUGACAUGGUCCUGGAAAGGUCUUUCAAAAAAUGCAAAAGAGCAGGAGGAUUGGGAGGAGGACGCAUUGGUCAGACAUGAUAUCUUGCUACCAAAUGAGAGAAGCUUUCACCAUGCUGCUAAAAGAAACAAUUUGGAUAUCAUGGAGCAGCUAGUUGAGAAGAAGGUUAACAUUAAUGCCGUGAAUAGUAUGAAGCGCACAGCCCUGCAUUUUGCCGUGGGUGGAAACCAUUUAUCAGCAGUAGAUUUCCUUCUCAAUCAUAAGGCCAGGGUGGACAUUGCUGAUAAGCAUGGCUUGACCGUCCUUCACCUCGCAGCCUGGUCUGGAAGUCUAGAAAUCAUGCUCAUGUUAGUGAAAGCUGGAGCUGAUCAGAAAGCCAAGAAUCAGGAUGGGAUGACUAUUCUCCACUUUGCUGCUCAGAACAAUAAUGUGAGGAUUGUGGAGUAUCUUACCCAGGAUCUCCAUCUGAAAGAUCUAAAUCAGCAGGAUGAGAAAGGAAGAAAGCCAUUUCUUUUGGCUGCUGAAAAGGGACAUAUUGAAAUGAUAGAAAAACUCAUCAUGCUCAACCUGUUCACUUCAGAAAAAGACAAGGAGGGAAAUACAGCUUUGCACCUAGCAGCAAAACAUGGUCAUACCACUGUUGUAGAGAUGCUGAUAAUCCAGUGGCAAGAUAUAAAUGAACCCAAUGAGGAUGGAGAAACGCCAUUCUUUUUGGCCAUUGCAGGAGGUCACAAAGAAUGCAGCAAAUUGUUAUUGGAUGCGGGAUGUGAUGUCAAUGUUCCAAAUAAUAACAACAUUACUGCUUUGCAAAUAGCAACCCAAAAUGGGCACAUACCCCUUGUCAUGUUUCUUCUCAGUGAAAAUGCUGCUCUGAACCAGAAAGCUGAGCAGGAUUCCCCUCUUCACUUAGCUGUUGCCAAUAACCACAUCACUGUAGUGAACAACUUAUUGGGAGCUAAGCACAACAUUGAUGCUUUAAAUCAGAAGCAGCAAACCCCUCUUCACCUAGCAGCUGAUCUUGGAAACGUGGAACUGGUGGACACCCUGCUGAAGGCAGGCUGUGAUCUGAAGGUUGUCGAUAAGCAAGGAAAGACUGCAUUAGCUGUAGCAUCCAGGAGCAACCAUUCUCUCAUCGUAGACAUGAUCAUCAAAGCGGAGAGAUAUUACGCCUGGAGAGAGGAACAUAAAGGAAGUAACUAUGACUCACCAAUAAGCCCUGCUCUGACAUUCAAACAAGAUCACAGUUUGGAGACGAAGCAGAUCCGCUCUUGCCUCUGGAAUUUGGCUUACUGUCAACUUAAAGGCCAAGAGUGGCGGAAGCUGGCUCGCUCCUGGGAAUUUUCAGAUGCACAGAUCAAAGCUAUUGAAGAACAGUGGUCAGGAAGUGAAAGCUCUUGUGAGCAUGGCCACAGAAUGCUGCUCAUCUGGUUACAUGGAGUACUGAUGAGACAGGAGAACCCCAUGAAACGCUUAUAUGAAGAUCUGGUAAAUGCAGGGUUCCCAGAACUAGCAGAGAAGAUCCGACGACUGCAAAGCAAUACAGAUGCAAGCUCUAAGAAAUGUGUAGUUUCAUAG